AUGCCAUUCAUCCCAUCGGACGUAUCGCUUUUCACGGCUGGUGCGGGAGCCACCGGACUCGCUGGUUCGAUCAUGCUUCUACGGUUGUACAAACUGCGCAAGUGGGGCUGGGUGAAAUCGAACUUUUCCCUGCACGGGAAAACAUUCGUCAUUACCGGCGCCAAUACGGGACUAGGAUACGAAACUACAAAGGCACUUGCCCGUCGCCAGGCAACCGUCAUCAUGGCAUGUCGCAAUCUCACGAAAGCCAGCGAAGCGAUCAAGACGAUUCGCACGGAGCUGGGAGAAAACGUAGCGGACAAACUCAUCCCAAUGGAGCUUGAUCUGGCUUCGUUUCGCUCGAUUCGAACGUUUGUCGGGGAGCUAAAGCGCACCACGCCGCAAUUGUACUGCCUCGUGAACAAUGCCGGACUGGCGGUGCGGACUCCCCAGCACACCCACGAAAACUACGAGGUUCACUUUGGCGUUAAUCAUCUCGGUCAGUUCCUGCUGGUGGAUUUACUGAAGGAGCAGCUACAGGAGCAGCAAACGCGUGUUGUCGUCGUAUCAUCCCGCAUGCACGAGAUCGAGGCGGAGAUCGAUUUCGAGAAUCUUGGCCGCUGGGUUGACUAUGGCAGCCGGCUGAACCGGUUGUACAACAACUCGAAGCUCAUGAACUUUUACUACGCCCGGGAGUUGUACAAACGCGGCUUCAACGUGCACGUGCUCUGUCCCGGACUCUGCCAUACGGAUUUCUUCCGCCAUUACGAACCCCGGUGGUACCAUUAUCUGGUGUUUUCGCCCAUCGUUUGGCUGAUGCUUAGGUCCGGAGAACAGGGUGCCCAGAAUAUCAUAUACGCGGCGACGGAGAGCGUGACAACACGCGAACGCAACCCAGUGACGGGUUACUUUAUUUCGAACGUAAAGAUGCGCCGCUCGAAGUUUCAUUUCAACGAGGAAACAUCCGUCCGGUUAUGGGAUGAGAGCGUUCGUAUGAUUGCGGAGUCGGAAAAGCAGGAAUCUGACCAUAAGUAA